CACUAGUACGGUGUACCUACAUACCUAGGCCAAUGUUAUGAAGACCACACGUCAUGUCGAGUACUAGUUUUAAAGAACUGGCAAACUCCUGGGGCUUUCCUACGACUGUUGUUCUGUACCUAGGAGCCAACGGAUGUGUAAGGACUUCCGCCGUUUCUUAAGGUACGAAGACCUUAGGUACUAACGCCUGCCGUGGUAUUCUUCAGUUCAAUUACCAUCCUGCCUUCCCUUCCUUUUGACCUCCAUAACUGAACACUCCUUGAAUAUUGGUAAUAAUAACCAAGAGGAAUGGACAACCUGUAAUCUGCGAGUUCAAUUGCUGGCGACUUUAUUAUCUAUUGAAGAAUAAAACGCAAAGGCCAAGUGAACUCGGGGUUGAGACCCAAUACGAUGUAAACAGGUACCAAAAUGGCACCGCAGAACGAGAAAAGCUCUCUCAAGCGCGGCAGGGCUAGCACCGAUAACGACUCGCAGCAUCUCAAAAAACCACGAUGCUCUGAAAGGAUUGAUUUUCAAAACAAGCCACGAGCCAUAGACAAUGAGUUGUAUUUGCCUACGCCAGUGACCCAAAAGGACUCAACUGCUACAGACGUCAUAGAAGAGACGACAACUACACCUAAUACUUUCAACCAGAUUUCUCCUCGGUAUACGCCCUCUAACUCGGAAAACUUCCAGACUAGCCCACCUGCUGGUGAUACUCAGGCCCUUUCGCAAUUUGUCUAUCCCCCCAGAGCAUUUGCCGACGAAGUCGAAGAUGAAGCCGCAGAGGGCGUCUGGGGCUAUUUGAUACCGCUUGAUGACAAAGUCCAACAUGCUCUAGUCUUGAGAAAGCGCGGGAAUUGCGAAGAACGCAAGCACCCAGGAUCCAUGGCUAGGUCCAGAACGGAAGCACGGAAUAAAAGCACAGAAAUCGCGGACAGACAGGGACCUGUUUCUCAAAUACCAGGCGGCUAUCUGAUAGGGCGCCAUCAUGAAUGUGACCUGGUGCUCAACAUCCCUACUAUUUCAAAUCGCCACUUUUUGGUAUUCCCAGAAAAUAGAAGAGGAGAUUCGAUCGCAAUGUUGGGGGAUCUGUCCAGCAAUGGUACCUUUGUCAAUGACGCAAUUGUAGGCCGGAACAAGCAUCGUGAACUGGAAGAUGGUGAUGAGAUCACCAUUUUAGACGAAGCACGCUUCAUUUUCAGAUACCCCCGGGCACGAGACACAAACCGUUUCCGUCAACAGUACAGGAUUCUGCAACAGCUAGGGAAAGGUCACUUCGCCACUGUCUACCUUUGUGUAGAGCGAGCUACAGGAACACAAUAUGCCGUGAAGGUGUUUGAGAAACGUUCCAGCGACUCACAGCGCCCACAGACCGAUACUUUGCAGCAGGAAGUUGGCCUUUUGAUGGGAGUCAGUCAUCCGAACCUGCUUUGUCUCAAAGAUACCUUUGACGAAAGCGAUGGUGUGUAUCUUGUUCUGGAGCUUGCUCCAGAAGGCGAGCUUUUCAAUGUGAUUGUUAGCAGACAGAAAUUUACGGAGAGUGAGACCCGUCAUAUAUUCAUUCAACUUUUUGAAGGCCUGAAGUAUUUGCAUGACCGUGGCAUCGUUCAUCGGGACAUAAAACCUGAAAACAUCCUUAUUGUGGAUAAAAGUCUCACAGUCAAACUUGGCGAUUUUGGUCUGGCUAAGAUCAUUGGGGAAGAUUCGUUUACAACAACAUUGUGUGGGACACCAAGCUAUGUUGCACCGGAAAUUCUGGAAGAUUCACUCCGCCGAAAGUAUACCAAGGCUGUGGAUAUUUGGUCACUUGGAGUUGUGCUAUACAUUUGCCUUUGUGGAUUCCCCCCAUUUUCCGAUGAGCUAUACACAUCUGAGCAUCCGUACACCCUGGCACAGCAGAUAAAGUCCGGGCGGUUCGACUAUCCGUCGCCAUAUUGGGACUCUGUUGGUGACCCAGCUUUGGAUUUAAUAGACCGAAUGCUUAAAGUCGAUGUCAACAAGCGAAUUACGGUCGACAACUGCCUGGAACACCCGUGGCUUAAAGGAAACUACCCAAGUGCAUCUGACAGCACAGAGGGUCUAAGUGGAGCCCUAGAGAGGUUGGACUUCUCUAAACGGAAACUAGCACGUGAAAGGACACUUCUCAGUUAUAUCAACGAUGUUCUGCAUGUUGAACAGAAGCAGGGAAGCAGUGCCCCUGUUAGGGUUUUCCACAAAAAUGAUGCUGGGAAACGUGUUCAUAAUCACCCAGCUAAGGGUAAACAGCAACGUGAAGCAUCUCCCGAUGAAAACAGCACCCCUCAACAGUUCCUCAAUCUUGGGGAACGGGGCGACCCAGUCCUAUUCGAGAAUAAGCCGCCGCCCCUCGGUAUCAUGAAAUUAAUAAGAAUUCUUUACCUCUAUUUUCCUAUUUUCCAUCUCUCCAUAAAACAUAAUAAUGCACAACCCACUCUCUACCUUUUACCCUAUACCCUAGUAGCUAUUCGGUCCUGUUAUUGCGCAAUUAUGGGGUUUCUUGCAAUUAUUCUUAAUGAUCUUUACAAAUUCUGCUCAGACUUCUCAACACUAGGGAUUUUUGGCAUUGGAUUAUUUUCUCUGCUUGCUUUAUCUAUUACCAUUAAUAUUGUGAAGCAGCUUGUGUUUAAGAACCCUAAUGAACCCCCCUUGGUAUUUCACUGGCUUCCCUUCAUAGGCAGUACCAUCAGCUAUGGCAUGGAACCAUAUAAAUUUUUCUUUGAUUGCCGCGCAAAGUAUGGUGACAUAUUUACCUUUGUUCUCCUAGGCAAGAAGACGACAGUUUAUCUAGGCACCAGGGGUAAUGACUUCAUUCUUAAUGGGAAAUUGCGAGAUGUCUGUGCUGAAGAGGUGUAUUCCCCGCUUACGACACCUGUAUUUGGGCGUCAUGUUGUAUAUGACUGUCCUAAUUCCAAACUUAUGGAGCAGAAGAAGUUUGUGAAAUUUGGCCUGACGUCUGAUGCAUUGCGCUCGUACGUACGCUUAAUCACUAACGAGGUGGACGAUUUUGUCGAGAACUCCGCAGCUUUUCAAGGACCAAACGGUGUUUUCGAUGUAUGCAAAACAAUCGCCGAGAUCACCAUAUACACAGCUUCACGCUCUCUUCAGGGAAAAGAAGUCCGGAACAGAUUCGAUUCUACAUUUGCCGAAUUGUACCAUGAUCUUGACAUGGGCUUUGCCCCCAUCAAUUUCAUGCUGCCUUGGGCGCCUCUUCCCCAUAACCGGAAGCGCGAUGCUGCACAAAGGAAGAUGACCGAAACAUACAUGGAAAUCAUCAGACAACGUCGUAUGGGCGGCAAUGAAAAGGACUCGGAAGACAUGGUUUGGAAUCUUAUGUCCUGCUCAUACAAAAACGGCACUCCUGUACCCGACGAAGAAAUUGCGCAUAUGAUGAUUGCUCUACUCAUGGCUGGUCAGCAUUCUUCUUCGUCUACAGCUUCGUGGAUUGUCUUGCAGCUUGCGAUGCACCCAGACAUCAUGGAGGAGCUGUACAGUGAACAAAUCCGCGUUCUUGGAUCCGACCUUCCUCCUCUUACUUAUGAGAACUUACAGAAGCUGGAUUUGCAUGCUAAAGUGAUCAAAGAAACCUUACGCAUCCACGCACCCAUUCAUUCUAUAAUUCGCGCGGUCAAGAACCCAAUGCCUGUUGAUGGCACACCAUAUGUGAUUCCAACUUCUCAUAACGUCCUUUCCUCGCCUGGUGUCAGUGCAAGGUCGGAGGAUUAUUUCCCCAAUCCUCUUAAAUGGAAUCCUCACCGUUGGGACGAGACAAUCGCAGCCAACGCUGAAGAAGAUGAGGAGGAAAUUGAUUAUGGGUAUGGUCUCGUUAGCAAAGGAACCAAUAGCCCAUACCUCCCGUUUGGCGCAGGGCGGCAUAGGUGCAUUGGUGAACAGUUUGCUUAUGUACAGCUUGGUGCAAUAACUGCCGCCUUGGUCAGGCUGUUCAAGUUUCGUAAUUUGCCAAAUUUCAAGGAUAUCCCGGAAACGGACUACUCGUCUCUCUUCUCUAAACCUGCUGGCAAAUCAGUAAUUCAAUUUGAAAGACGCGCCCCAGUUACAAAUUCACGAUAGCCCGUCUUUCAUUAUUCCAUAAAGCUUGUGGCUAUCUAAGCAUGAUUGCUACUCAAAACCUGUUGAGUAGUACGAUAUGAUUGGCUUACAAUGACAGUCCCAUGGCUUCUGGUUUGAAGGGUUUCGGUGUCCGGCUUCCACUUCUUGAAAAUAAUGACUGCCUGUCCGAUAUAUGUAUGUAUAAUAAUGAGUUGGAGGUUUAGUGUACCUUCUUUAAGAUCUGCUUAUGUUUACAAUGCUCUUCAAUAAAUGUAUUUUCAUGAGAUUUGCAACCUAGCAAGGACAUGAUCCUCAUCUGUCUCGG